AAUUUGCACGAAUGACUCCUGGCUCAGCAGACACACUCGUCACGAGCUUCGACACACUGUCGGCUUGCCUGAGGCGGAAGGACGCAGCAUCCGGGAUAUCGGCCGCUGAUCUUCAUGGCCUGCGAGGGGCUCUCGAAUCGUUCCGCAAGGAAGCACUAACGUUGGUCAGUGACCACCGACUCGAUGGUGUAGAACACCUGAGUGCCAUGCAGCUCUUCUUCGUGCUAUAUGCUGCCAACGCGUGCGGAGAGCUGCGCUUCGGUGGUCGCCACCGCGUCAACGCACUCCUACGCAACGUGCCUCAGUUCGCCGAAGCUUUCAAGUGUGGUCCGGGCACACCCAUGAAUCCGGAAGAAAAGUGCAGCUGACAAUCAGUGGCCUGAAGGCGUGCAUCGUCUCGCCUUUCUUCAGAACAAUGCGCCUACAGCGCUUACUCCGUGAUCUACGGUUCUGACGUAUUCAUGCGCGCAA